GGAAUGCAUUGAAAUUUAUUUAUUUUUCCCCAUAGGAACGCAUUAAUUAAAUUUCAAUGCAUUCCUAUGGGAAACCACCAUUCGCAAGAUGAAUUUUUCACAAAACAAAUUUGUCUUGCGAGUCACCAUCAGGUCGCAAGACUCAUUCGUCUUGCGAAAAAUUUGUCUUGCAGGGCAUUUGUCUUGUGAGGUACCACUGUAGUUGUUUUUCUAUUUAACAUCUGGUGGGAGGGUGUUCCACAGGGCGGGCGCCACUACCGAGAAGAUCCUCUGCCUGGUUCCCUGUAACUUGGCUUCUCGCAGUGAGGGAACCGCCAGAAGACCCUUGGCGCUGGACCUCAGCGUCCGGACUGAACGAUGGGGGUGGAGGCACUCCUUCAGGUAUACUGGGCUGAGGCUGUUUAGGGCUUUAAAGUUCAGCACCAACACUUUGAAUUGUGCUCGGAAAUGUACUGGGAGUCAACGUAGGUCUUUCAAGACCGGUGUUAUGUGGUCUUGGCGGCUGCUUCCAGUCACCAGUCUAGCUGCUGCAUUCUGGAUUAGUUGUAAUUUCCGGGUCACCUUCAAAGGUAGCCCCACAUAGAGCGCCACACAGUAGCCCAAGCAAGAGAUAACUAGAGCAUGCACCACUCUGGCGAGACAAUCCGCGGGCAGAUAGGGUCUCAGCCUGUGUACCAGAUGGAGCUGGUAGACAGCUGCCCUGGAUACAGAACUGACCUGCGCCUCCAUGGAGAGCUGUGAGUCCAAAAUGACUCCCAGGCUGCACACCUGGUCCUUCAGGGGCACAGUUACCCCAUUCAGGACUAGGGAGUCCUCCACACCUGCCUGCCUCCUGUCCCCCCCCCCCCCCAAAAAAAGCAGAAGCCAUUUCCCCAGAAUUUCCAGGGCAUUGUGGUUGGGGGGAGGGAGGCAGCCGUCUGGAUGAGAGUUUUUUUGGUUUUGUUUAAGAAGGUCUAUAGCAGGCAUCAGGGAUCUACUGUUAAGGAUGCUCUCCGGUGGUCCACUGACCUGCCCAGCAGUCUUUCUCCUUAGUUGAACUAUGAUACCGGAGGCUCGGCUGAGAGAGAAGUGCAGGGGGUGGCAUAACAAUAUGGGGAGGUAAGCAGGGAGAGGUUCUGCCUACCUCACUUGCCUGGUGUGACCUCUAUAUCCCAUUUAAAUGUAUGGAGGAGGCACCUGGUUCUGAAGGAUGUCAUCAGCUCACAAUGCAUGCAAGUGGGGUUGCUUGUUGGAAAGUGUCUCCACGUGGUGGACCUGUCCCCAAGUUAGAAAGUUUUGGGAAAUAAUACAUGAAGAGACUCAAAAAUUAUUAAAAAUAUUCUUUACCAAAAGGGCAGAGUCCUACCUACUAGGAAUUUUAUACAAUGAUAUCCCCGUUGAUAAAAUUGACAUCUUUCUAUAUGCAUCAACGGCAGCGAGAGUAAUAGUAGCGAGAAAUUGGAAAGGGGAAUGUGGAUGGACAAGCUAUGUGAAUAUUUAGAGCUAGCUAAAUUAACGGAUUUAAUAUGACAAAAACUGAAAGACAAGAUCAAGAAACAAUGGGACUGCCUAAAUGACUAUUUAAGGAAAACAGGGCUGGGAAACAAAAGAUGGCUAUGUUUAGCCUAACCUUGCAGGAUACCAAAAUAAGAUGGAAAUUACACUAGAUGAAUGCUUGUGAAUAUAAGAAUAAUACACUAUCUAAAGACAGAAUAAAGGGGAAAAGGUAAAAAUGCUGUGCAGAAAUGUGUUUUAAGAAUCCAUGUAUCGUAUUGUCUAACCUUUCUUUCUGCCUUUCUUCAUUUCUUCUUCUAUUCUAAACAAUUUCUCUUACUUUUUCUUUUCUAUUAUAUCUCUCUCUCCUUCCUUUCUUUUUUCCUUUGCUGUUUAAUUAAAUCUAACAACUCAACCUAGUCUGGUAUAUUGUUUGACUUGUAAUGACUAAUGAAAUAUGAGUUGGAUUGUAAAAAAUAAAAUAAAAUAAAAGUGUCUCCACGUAAAAAAAUUCCGGCUAUGUUGGAAGCUGAAGCCCUGGGCAUAAGCAGGCUAGGCAUACAUUAGGCAAGGAGGAUGUGUGGCUGAAGGGGACCUUGCCCUCAAUCAGUGCCUGAGGAACACAAGCACAGUUCAAACCCUGAAGGCCUUUUCAGACUCUGUGCACUGUGUGGAAUAGGGAAGUAAAAAUGACUAUAGAUUUUUUUUUUGCAUACAAUCCAAAUGACGUUCAUGUGGCAGGUGCUUUUUGUUGCAAAUUCCCUCCCUUCUUGUCCCUCCCUGUCUUGUUCUACUUUAAUGUCCCUGGCAGUUCUUACAGGCAGUGGCGGCAGCAGCUUUACUCAAUACUUUACUCAAUCUGUAGCUCAAUCCACACGUCACAGAAAACCAGAGUGAGUGGUUUACCAUUAUUUCACUAAUCUGGGCCACUUUGCUUCUCCCCAUCAAUGCAUGGGAAAAACAAACCACAAUCUUAGACAAAGUGUUAUAUACAAAGUGGGGAUUAUGGUUGUUUAGGUUUUGUUUCCCCCCCUCAAACUAUGACUCCACAGCAGUUCUUACUCCAGAUGUUGAGAAUGUGUGGCCCUCUAGAAAUCGUUGGACUUCAGCUCCCACCAUCCUUGACAUGCUGGCUGGGGCUGAUGGGAGUUGGAGUUCAACAUCUGUAGGGCUGUAGAUUCCCCCACACUGGGCCCGUUCCUUUUGCUAUAUGGGGUAUAGGAUACAUACAGCAAAAUUUGCACUUCAUGAAGUUACAACAGUAAAAAUACAAAUAACAAAAACUUUCUUUAAAAGUCCCUGUUUUGAUAAAUGUAUUCUCUUCAUUAAGGUAGGGGAAAUCAGUGUCCAUUGUUUUUAAAUGGUUGUUGUUGGAGACAUAUCACAUAUGUCAAUAAAGAGUUGGAAAAUUAUUGUAGAUGGUUUGUUUUGUGAAGUUGAAACAAGAUAAACCACAAACCACAUUUCCCCCGUCCUUUCUGCGGAAUGUAGUUUGCAUGUAUAGUCAUGUCAACAUAAUGUUCAUAACCUCUGUUAAACUGAAAGUUGAACAGAACUUCUCUAAGUGGUGCAUACACCCUUUGAGAAAAAAGGAAGAAUUCUUAGUGGUAUUCACACGUAUUUCUAGAAAGUGUAAUCUGCUAUGGCUUUAACUAAGAUUUCUCUUCUUCCUUCUUAACCGUUUUGAUCUACUGUUGCACACACACACACACACCAAAUUGAUUGUAUUUCAAGUGAAGCUGGUGCUCUCACUUCUGUAUUUUGUUGUUUGAACAGAUUAGCAAAUCUAAGGGGGAACUGAAGAAAUUCUUUUUUAUAAUUUGCUAAUUUAUAUACCACCAAGGUGGCUUCUAAGUGCUUCAUAAGCGUGAAAGCAAUUACAGAAAAUAAAAACACAAUACUUAAAAUACACAAGAAAGCAUUUUCACUGAAACAUGAAAAUAAGCACUUGCAAUUAAGUUGUACAGUGAAAUAAGCCUAUUAAAGCAGCAUAGCUUUAAGGAGUUAGAAGAGUAAUUAAAACAGGAGGUUCAGGUCAGGAGAUCAUGCAAAGGAAUAGGUGUUUUUUCAAGAGCCAGCAGAAUGCCAAUACUGAUGGGAUGUCUCGUAUUUUUACAGUUAUUGAAAGAAUCAAAAUGCAUUGUAGUUUUCCACCCAGUCAUCAAUCAGUAUCACUUUCCUUUCUACCAAGUUUGUCUCCCAGCCACCUACCUUUCUUUUUCAUGCCUUGCUGAACUGACUAGUAGAGCUGCCAAGAUUUCAGGCCCCAAACCUGAGAUGUAGGGAUGACCUCAGGUGAAGUCACACUGGGCAGAACCUGGUAAUGUCACGAAGCAUGACACAUUGCUUCUGUAACCCCUCAUCUUGCAUCAGGCAUGCAUGUGCUCUCAUAACCCACUCCUCUUGAGCCCAGCUGUCAUGGACUGGUUGGACGCAGAGGAAUGGUGGGAGGAACCAGCUGGGGAACCACCAAGGGGAAAAGGCUCAGAGCCCAGAAGAUUGGUGGCGGGACAAUGAUGAGUGGUCAGAGGGAGAGGACUGGGAAGAGAAGGUGUCGGAAACUGAGGAGGUAACAAGGUUUAGUGAGGUGGGAGAGUCUGUGGCAAAGAGAAGUCCAGAACCGGAACCAGAAGCUGAAGCAGGGGAGAAGGGGGGCCAAGAGGCAGAGACGAAUCUGGCUGGUGAAGGGGCAUGGGUGCCUCCCCCUCCUGCUGUGACAAGCUCCCCUCUCUGCUCUGCCUCCCAGAACCAGAAGAGGGCUGAAAUAGGCGGAGCAGUGAUAGGUCAGCCCUGGAGGUCUAGCAGCAAAGGUAGAUUGGCAUUUACUGCUACAUCUUUGGGACAUUUGUAGUAUAUUGGCUAGGAUUUCAAACACCAAUAAUUGCAACAGUAGCAUGUAAAAUGGGAAGGGGAGGGGAAUCUGCUGCGGCUGGUUUUUUACUAAUCAGUUAGCAACCAUAGUGUUCCUCUCUUGUAAAAUACGAAUAUUAAUUGACUUCCUUUGUGUGUGGAUGAUGCAUAUGUUUUCUCUCUUACUUUCAGUAUGGGGAGCUGGGGGUGGAGGGGAAGCAAACAGAGAAGGUGGUCUCCACAGCAUUCCCUCAAAAAUUCAAAUGUGCCACAGGCCCAAGAAUGUUGGUGCCCCCUCCUUUUAGGCAAGUAGAAUGAUGGAAGAUGGUGGCCAGACCCCCCCACCCCGUGUGAAAAUUGUUCUUGACACUUAUAAGAGGAAAGGAACUCAAAGAGCCAUAUAGAACAAUUUGAGCAAGGCUGGCGGCGACAUUUGAUUAACAGCCAAGUAAAUUCAUUGUAUUACAAGGGAGGAAGUUUGUGAGGGAGCGGUGUUUCUCUAACUACCCUAUAUCCAUGGCUGAAGUGAUGAUGGCAUCAUCAAGUGUCAAGCAUGAACCUACUGAAGUGGAACACGCUGAGGGGAUCAUCAAGCAGCUGAUUCAUGAUGAGUCACAAGCCCAGAGAGUUGCUACUGUACAGUCGUACCUCGGUUUACGAACCGCUCGGGUUGCGAACAGUUCGGGUUACGAACUCCACAAAGCCGGAAGUGUUUUCGGUGUGCGCGUGUUUUGCGCAUGCGCAGAAGCAGCGCACGCUCUUUGUGCAAAGCGCGAAAACUGCGCAUGCGCAGAAGCAGCGCUCGGUUUGCGACCUUUUUGGGUUACGAACUGCGACCCGGAACGGAUCGCGUUCGUAACCCGAGGUACUACUGUAUUUGUAGAGAAAUUGGUUAAUCAUAGAAUUGUGGAGUUGGAAGGGACCACGAGGGCCAUCUAGUCCAGCCCCCUACAAUGCAGGAAUCUUUUGCCCAAUCUGGGCUCGAACCCAUGAACCUGAGAUUAAGAGUCUCAUGCUCUACCAACUGAGCUGUAGAGGUCUCUGUCCACUGGAUAUAUAUAUAUAUAUAUUUAAAUAUCAUGAUUGUCACAUGUAGCUGUGUGGUGGCAGGUAGUCUGUCAUAAACUUAUAAUGGAAUUUUGUAACUUCUGCAGACUUGAUGCAUAUGCCUCCUGGAAAGUAAGCCCAUCAAGUUCAGUUGAGUUUACUCCCAUGUAAGUGGAUAUAGGAUUGCAGCUUUGUCUGCCAGGCUGUUUCCUUGAGUGGAAAAAAAGGUCAGCAGGGGAAACUUGUAGGCUGGCUUUAAAAUGAAGCGGUUUGAAGAUUUCAACCAAGCGAGUUCGCUUUCAACCAAGAAGUUGCAGAUUAACAUUUAUGCAGAUGGAAACAUACUGAUAACUUAAGUCCGAUUAUGAACUCCAUGAUACUGCUCCCCACACCUCACUUGUUAUCAUUUCCCCUUUUUCCAUUGUGGAAAAUGCUGCUGGCUUGGUUUGGUUAAUAUUUAUAAAAUUUGUGGAAGGGGUGGGGGGGGGGAGAGAAUUCCAUGUUGCUACCAAAAUAAAUAUCCAAAUACACCCACAACACCCACACCCAUUACAAAUAAGACUUAAACUACAAGUCAACAUUCACUUAACUUGAGAGUAAAAGUAACUGAAUUCAGUGGGAUUUACUUCUGAGCAGACAAGCAUAGGUCUGUACUGUAAAUCAAUAAAAUGCUGAUGAUAUUGUAAUCACAAACCAAAAAGCAAAAUUUUGCAACGGGUAUAAAUAAAUAAAAACAGUCUCACAUUAUCCCACGGCUAAAUGUCCUUUUCUCGUAGAACAGCAAUUGGUGCUGUUGGAUUCCAAUUGGGAAACCCCAGAUAAAAGCCCAGUUUCCCCUUCAGGACCAAUCUCACAGCUGCCAUGUUCAUAGUGUCCAGGAGCAUCUCAGAUUAGGAAUGAAACAAGGAAGAUGAGAGACAAAAUUCUGGUAGGUGGAGGGCACAGUCAAAGAACACUUUCUGUAUGUAACAUCUUAGGGUUGAGGGCAGUUGCUGGAAUGUAAGUCCCAUAAUCUCUGAUCAUCAGCUGUGCUGGUAAAGGUUCAUGGGAGGAGUCCUAUCAAUAUCCAGAAGGCCACAGGCUCCUCAUUCUUAGUCAAGAGGCUGCUGCCACUCACUGCUACGAAGGCUUGGUGGUGGACAUGUAGCGAGGAAGCUGCUCUUGGGUGGUCAGAAGGUCGAUCAAGAUCUCUUGAAGGAUCUCUGUGCAAUUAGAAGUAGAUGAACAAGGGUUUCUGACUCCUGAUUGUUCAACAAUAGCAAGUCCCAACAUACUACUGGUGCUUAAAAGCACACAACUCCAGUGCUUAAAAUCUUGUACUGUACCGGUUGCCCAUAUAUUGCCAGGCCUAGUUCAGGGUUUUUGAAUUAAUUUACAAGGCCCCUAAUAACUUGGGUCCAGAAUGCCUUAUCCCUUCUAUUCCUGUCCAGUCAUUGAGAUAUUUGAGGGAGUUUGCAGGUGAGUCAGAUGCAUGGGUCAGGUGCCUAGCUCCUACUCAACAGGAGUUGUUUGGUUCCAUAAUGUGGACCUGAUUCUCUGGAACCCCCUAGAAAGGCUUCUCCUGUUGAACUUCAGGCGCUUUUUAUGUCAAUAGUCACAUUAAGGAAGUCAUUUUAUGGUUAAUUUUAAAUUGAUUUUACCCUUUGUUUGCUCUUCAGGUUUUGUGUUCACCUGUUUAAAAACUUCAGUAAUUAAAUGGUGUAUAAAUAGCCUGAAAUAAACAAGGUAACAUGACAUUUUUUUCACUUACACAAGACUGCUGAAAGGCUGGGAGCAAACAGGACUGGACUUUUGUACGAAAAGGCUAUGAGUUCAGUCCAGUUCUAGACACAAAAACGAACUCCUAGGCUUAGAGGCUGUUAUUUAAUUCUAACCUCACUUCUUUUGCACAUGGCUUUGAUUUGUAGAUCUUGGGGUUCCAGUAAACAAACAAACAAACAAACAAGCCACAAAGUUGAUCUUUGCAAGCCUGAAAUCUGCUCACGUUGAAAAGCCAUACCAAUAAGCCCACCUAAGGGAGAAUUACUCAAAGUACAAAAUCCUGAAGGGAUCAGGUUUGUUUUAAGAUGUAAUAACUUAACUUUAGCUAAAAUUCCACAAAAGUUUGCCUAAUUAAGAAUUUGGCCUUCCCUGAUUUAUUUAGCAUGGCAGAAUGUGGACCAAACUCAGGGCAGAGCUUUGAAAGAGAAAUGUCUGGUUUAGAAAAAGAAAAAAGUUGUGGAAAUAUGUUUGCAUUUUGUUUUAGGGUAAAGCCAGAUGUGUUAGUACAGCAGAAGAAGCUGCAGGUUCUUCACCUUGCGAUGGGUGUCCAAUUCAUAAUAUAAAUAUCAGGUGUACACACUAGCAUAUAAAACACCGACUCAACCAAAACGUUGCAAAGUGUUCUCCUUUAUGGGAGAAUGAGGACACACAGUUGGUGACUCCUUAUGAGUUCCUGUUGAGAUCCACUUAAUAGAAGAGGUGGGUACAUAUUCAGUAUUGUACUACAGAGCUUACGUUCCAGUCAGGCUACUACUUUGAUUUGGAGUGCUUUUAAUUGGGUGGGGGGAAGGACGACUGGUGGCCUAUGGGCUGGAUGCCACCACACACACCCCAUCCAGCAGUCAGCACCAUCUCCUUACCCUGCCUCCCCAAAAUAAUUAGGGGCUUGAAAACAGCUCCCCCCACAAAAAGUCUGAAUGUGGUGUGGGGACUAUUUUCAAAGGAAGUUGCAGCUGGGGAAAGGAUCCUCCGUGUGGUGCCAUUAAUGAUGCCAACAGGUGGCUGUUUUCAAGUCUAAUUGUGGCUCAGGGGCAUUUGGAGGGCAGGAGGGCUUGCAGCUGGGGUCGGGAUGAACCGCUCUCUGCAUAGUCUGACCCUCCUGCUAAAUCUGCCUCUCCCCAGUGUGAGCCAGUGUGGUGGUGUGCUUCUCCACGUGCAGCUGCAGGGUGACCUUAUGCUAGUCACACUUCUCUGAAGUCUCUCAGCCCCACUCACUUCACAGAGUGUUUGUUGUGGGGGAGGAAGGGAAAGGAGAAUGUUAGCUGCUUUGAGACUCCUUCGGGUAGUGAUAAAGCGGGAUAUCAAAUCCAAACUCUUCUUCUUCCCUAUGCCAUGAUUUGGCUUCAGAACAGCAACAUUUUUUGUGCCAAGGAAGGUUAUUUUUCAAGAUGAAGUGCUGUUCACAGAGAGUUCUUCGUGGAAAGCACAGCUGGGGAGGAAAGCCUUAACCCCUUCCUCCCCCGCUGCAAUCUCCACGAAGAGUCCUCUCACCCCCUGCUUCACAAAUAGGUUUUGGGGGGAAGCCAAAGGCUUGAGGGAGAUUCAUGCACGGUCUAUAUGGUUUUAUGCACAUGUUGCAAGUGUCCCUGCCGGCUUGUGGCCACUGAAGGGUUAGGCAAGAGAAAAUGCUGCUCUGGGGCUGAAAAAGCUUUCCAUCCCUGAAGGCUGAAGUCCACAGUUAGCUGAGCAGGAAACAUCUCAUCUAUUCUCAGUGCAGUGUGUGUGUGUGUGUGUGUGUGUGUGUGAGUGAGAGAGAGAGAGACCCAAUUAUUUAUUUUCCUGAUGGGAUUCAUGGGCCCUCAGUUCAUCUAACCUGUAAAACAGCCUUUAGCAAAAGAGCUUCACAAAAUGUGUUAAGUUAGUGUUUUAAAUCUGAAAGAUCUUUUGUCCCGCCUAAACUGAGAGCUGUUUACAGUGUUUUAAUAUACACUCUUUCUGUGCUGUUUGAGUGUGUGACCUUGUGUGCUUCUGAGUUGGUUAGUAAGUUUUGUUUUAGUUUUAGUCUUCGACAGUCACUCCCUCAGAGAUCCCUCUUCAGUUCAGGUGGAAAGGCUCGAGCAGAGUAUGACUGUUGAAUGGCAGGCAGGGUGUGGAGGGGAAGGACAGAUGAACUCAAGUUUUAUCAUACUUGGGAAGGCAGCCAAGCCCUGUGUGUGACAUCAUGGAAACUUGUGGUAUCCUGUGUGUGUAGAGCAACAAGAAAAAAGUACAUGGCCCACAGAGCCUUCUUUUCUCAGAAGAAUUUAAGCUUCUGCAGAAGCAAAUGGCACGACGCAGCAGGCUGGAUUUAAGAACAGAGUGGUUGGUGGGCUAAUAAGCUAUUUCCCAGGAGAUAGCUCUGGAAUGACAGUCAUACCUCGGUUUAAGUACGCUUCGGUUUGAGUACUUUCAGUUUAAGUACUCCGCGGACCCGCCUGGAACAGAUUAAUCCACUUUCCAUUACUUUCAAUGGGAAAGUUCGCUUCAGGUUAAGUACGCUUCAGGUUAAGUACAGACUUCCGGAACCAAUUGUGUACUUAAACCGAGGUACCACUGUAUUUUUUUAUUUUUUUAAAUGUGCCUAUGCCUGAGCUUUCUGUUGAAAGAGAAACUUAGGAAACAGAAAUCUCUGAAAAUUAAUUUCCACCCUUUCCCUUUCGCUAGGGGGAAUCGUGAGGAGUCAGAUGAACUAUGCUGAGUAAUUUUGCAACAGGGUUGUACAUACACACAAACCGCACUUCAUGGCGCUGCACUGUCAAGAGUUUGGUGGGAAAAACUAUGAAGCAUCCAUGUCUCAUGUGGACAAGUUUGUUAAAGAACUGUUAUCGAGCGAUGCAAUGAAAGACUACAACAGAGCCCGGGUUUACCUCGAUGAGAACUUCAAAUCGCAGGAGCAGUUUACGGCACUGGGAAGCUUUUACUUUCUACAUGAAUCCUUGAAAAACAUUUAUCAAUUUGACUUUAAAGCUAAGAAGUACAAAAAAGUUACGGGGAAGGAAAUCUACUCAGAUACAUUAGAAAGUACACCUAUGCUGGAGAAAGAAAAGUUCCCACAGGAUUAUUUCCCUGAGUGUAAGUGGUCCAGAAAAGGCUUCAUACGAACUAGGUGGUGUAUUACUGACUGUGCCUUUGACUUGGUAAACAUCCAUCUUUUCCACGAUGCUUCCAAUUUAGUUGCUUGGGAAACAAGCCCGUCGGUUUACUCAGGAAUAAGGCAUAAGGCCCUCAGUUAUGUACUUGACAGAAUUAUAGAUCAGCGGUUUGAGAGAGUUUCAUAUUUUGUCUUUGGAGAUUUCAACUUUCGACUGGAUGCAAAGUCAGUGGUAGAGACACUUUGUGCAAAGGCUACAAUGCAGACUGUCCGGGCUGCCGACACUAAUGAAGUAGUCAAGCUUAUAUUCCGUGAAUCUGAUAAUGACCGAAAGGUAGUAUCCAAUGGUGUCCCUCACCCCGAAGGAAGGCUUUUUGAUCCAGUGGAGGCUUCUGUUAUGCUACAGUUAGAAAAGAAACUCUUUGACUAUUUUAAUCAAGAUGUUUUUAGAGAUAACAAUGGCACUGCGCUUUUGGAAUUUGACAAAGAGCUGUCAGUCUUUAAAGACAAAUUAUAUGAACUGGACAUUUCGUUUCCUCCCAGCUAUCCGUACAGUGAAGAUUGUAGCCAGGGAAUGCAGUAUAUGAACACUAGAUGCCCAGCUUGGUGUGACAGGAUCCUUAUGUCACAUUCUGCCAAAGAGCUGAUUCUAAAGUCAGAAAACGAUGAGAAGCAAGUGGUGUACGACCAUAUUGGACCAAAUGUCUGCAUGGGGGACCACAAGCCCGUGUUCCUGUCCUUCCGAAUAGCUGCGGGGGCAGGUAAACCUAUUGCCAAUGUGCACAAGUGUUGUGUCGUGCAGUGAUGUAGUGGUGGGAAAAGAUGCCUCCGAAACGAGAAGAUCUUUCGAGAAAGCUCCUUGUAGUGAGGAGGAAGAGGAAGGACUUGAGAUGCAUCCCAUCGCUUAUACAGUGACAGCUCUAUUCAUCCUCCGGAGUCCAGCGUGCCAUGUUAUUGUUUUUAUUGUUAUUGUUUUUAUUUUAUUUUAGGCUGUUGAUCAUACACUAUUUUCUUUGGAGUCUGGGCUUUAGAGCCCCAAGUUAAAAAAGAGAGAAACCUCUCAUACCUCACCCUCUCGUAAAUAUUCCUGUGACAUCAAUUGUGGAUUUUGUUUUGUUUUUUUUAUUUUUAUAUGGAGAUGCAUAUAUUAUGCCACAAUCUGGUUGCCAAAACAAAAACCUAGUUUGCCGCGAUGUACUGUGUUUUAGACUUCACUCUGCUUCCUUCUUUUUUUAAAAAAAGUCUGUCAAUGUGAAAUUAUAUAUAAUAUAUAUAAUAUUCAACAUUUAAAAACAAACAAUUUUCAUCACCCUUCUCUAGCUUUAAGCCAGGUUGGGAUUUUGUACAUUUGCCUUGUAUAGAAGUCCUGGUGUGUUAUUAUUGUAUGUUAACCAAGAUUUAUGGUCCCUGUGAUUUUUUGAAGUGGGGGGGGGGAACGGUCGCAGGGUGGGUUUUUUUUUUGUUCUGUCCUGGUCAUUUUUAUAGACUUUUUUGUUUUCUCAUGUUAUUUACUAUACUGCCAUGUUCCAUGGUUUUUUGAAUCACACAACAGCAGCUGCUUUCUAUAAGUGUAUAUAUUUAUAUAUUUGUAUGUGAGUGUGUAUAGAGAUAUAUAUACACAGAUAUAGAAAUAAUAAUUUAUAAUUACAAACCGUUUGUCUUUCCUGCUACAAAAUAGCCUUUCCUCCUCCUCCCCCUCACUAAUCAAGGGGCAGUAAAUCCCACUGGGCUUUCCCCAAGUAGGUUUUAACUUCCAAAAACAAUGGCAUGUUGUUGGGAUCCACAUGGAUCUCUCCCCUCCCAACCCUGAAACACAUUUACUUUGAACGGAAAGCAGACUUGACACCCCAAUCCUAAGUGUGUUUACUUGGAAGUGUGAGUAGGGUUUACAGCAGCCCUACACCUACUUACUCAAAGUUGUUGCAGACCAUGGGAUUUGGGGUGGAGCCUGGAGGCGUCCUUUGGAACACCUGCCUCCCUCUCCCUGUGGAGCCCAAUGCCAAGCAGAGAGACCCACUUCCAAGCUUCCCCCAGUUGCCAGCCCAACGGAAGGGCUUCUUUCACCAGUGUGUGUGUGUGUAUGUAUGUGUGUAUAUAUACAGUACUUAUAUAUGAAGAAAGCCAGAAACCUCACGCAUCAUCUGCCAACUGUAGUCACAUAUUUAUGCAGCAAAUUCUGGUGCCAAGUAUUCUAGCUGGAGAGAGGAAGAAGAUGCAAAAAAGGCAGUUCAGCCCGGAGACAGGUAGCAAUUUUUGAGUAUGGCUAAGGGAGGAAAUUUUGGGGGAGAGGGGAGAGACAUUGGGGGGGGGGGCAAAGAGUCUGUAAAUCUUCACUCUGAUUGGGAUCUCUUCCCAGCCCCCCCCCCCAUUUCUCUCAGGUCACCCCUCUCCCCAUAAAGCAUUAAAAGGCGAUUAGCGAGCCUGUUGAUGAAACACAAGCGGAGGGCUUUAUUGAUUUAAUUUAGAACACUACCGAGUUCAGGGACCGGGCAAAGGCGGUAGCUGCGGGAGGCUGCCUUGGGGGGGGGGUGUAAAUCAAUCCCACUUGUAGCGGGGGAGGAGGAGGAACCCUCCCCGAUAAAAUCAGAGAAACCCCAUCGCUGGGUAUUGUCACUGAUGCGCACACGCUCUCCCCUCACCCACCCACCCCCAAGUCUGGUAUCCGUACAGACACGUGUAAGGCUGGAGGAGAGAAACUACGCGGGGAUUGGGAGAAAGUUUGUAAUGUUUGCCUGUUCACUUUGAAAUGAGCAUUCUGGUUCUCAAGCAAUAAAACUGAUCAUGGUGAA